AUGGCGAGAGAACAUCAUGAUUGCAUAGGAUUAGGGAUCAUACGCAGAACAAAAUGUUCAAUCGGAGGGCAACCGUUGAACACUUUGAACGUGGAUCUUCAUGAUCAGGAUGUCAAGAAUCUCUCUGCUGAACUUGACGUCAAGGAUGUCCACUUUCUCAUGGAACUCAUUCAGACUCCCCUUUGCAGUUUUGGUCGGCCCAUAAUCAAGAACGUAGGAAAGAGAAAACGCGUUUAUAUUGAGGAGAUAAAAGCUGCUAAAUGUGGGAGAUAUAACCUUCUGCAAAAGUUCUGGAGCACAAAGAUUAUUGAGACAACUCUCAACGAUAGGUUCGUGACAUUACCUGUUGGUUCAGAUUCAAACAACAUUGACUAUGAUUUUCAGCUGAAGGAUCUUUCUGAACGGAAGAAUAUCGGUAUUGUUCGAACUACAUCUCAUGAAUCUGUGAAGAAGGAAGAAGAAUCCAUGGUACUGGAUGUUGCUCAAGAACUCAUGAAUCAGGUGAAUCCAAAGGAUAUUUUGAUUAGGAAAGGGUUGGCUAGGCUCAUCCUUGGUUUUCUAGCAGAUCCUAUGUUGAAGAUGGAAGCAGGCCAUGAGAGCCGACAUGAAGCUAUGAAAAGGCUUCUGAAUACGACUUUCAUUGGAAUUGUCGAAUUGAAAGCAAGCCAAAUGAUGGGUUGGGAUAGAUCAGAGGCAAGCUCAAUGCUUUUCGAACAAAAGUUGGAGAAAUCCAGUGGAUAUUAUAAGAACAAAAUUGAGUAUGCUACAUAUUUCUCCCAAGCAUUAAUAUCGGAGGGUUUGUUAUGGGAAAACAGGGAUCAUGAUAUUGGUGAAAAACUCUCUGAGAUGAUAAAGUUGUGUUUCGUACUUGAAUUUAAUGAGGAGGCAGUGGGAUUUGUUAUGAAGUCCAGGAACUUGCAGAUUUUCGAGGAGGAGUUCCUCGCUUCCCUCUUUCCUUAAUUAUUAAUUAAGGAUCCAGA